CUUGCUAAUUUUGUCCUAGAAAGAUAUUCACAUUCUGAAUCAACAAGGAAGGAUGAAUUAGAAUGGCCCCAUUACCCAUAAACUCUAUAAACCACUUCACUCACCCACACCCUCUAACUGCAGCUGACAACAAUCAAGAAUUCUCUUGUGAUGGCUGCAAGACUCUCGGGAGCGGGAAGCGAUUCUGCUGCAACGCCUGCGAUUUCGACCUCCACGACUACUGUGCCACGUGUCCCCGCUCCCUCUCCUCCUUCAUGCACCCCCACCCCCUCACCCUCGUCCUACGGAAGCCGGCAUCCGCCAAGACAGCCCGCCUAGUCGACCGCGUCUGCGAUCUCUGUCGCGAAACAGUAGACGGGCUCUUCUACCGGUGCAAAGAGUGCGAGUUCGACGUGCACCCACUCUGCACGCAACUGCCGGAGAAGCUCAACCACGCCCUCCACGCCAUCCAUCCUUUGAUCCUCCGGUCCUCGCCUGCAGAGGGCCUAUGUGCCGUCUGCAGGCGCCUGUGCGGUGGGUGGCGAUAUGGGUGCCGUGCUUGUAGGGUUGACAUUCACUUGGAGUGCGUGUUGGAACCUGUGGUUGGGUACCAACAGUAUGACCGUAGUAUUGGUCAAGGGGGAAUCCCCAUGUUCGAUCAUAACAUAGGGAUUCCCUUCCAUGCCCCACCUGGGUUUGCUCCGUUUUACGGGUACCCAAGUUAUGACCCCAGGUUCAAUAUGUACCACGGUGGUCAAUACAUGUAUCCACCUGCAAAUUUUGGGCCGCAAAAUUUGCAGGUGGGGGCAAGUAAUAGUAAUAAUAAUAAUGGGAGUCGACUGGGGAAGUCAAUGUUUGGUCUAGUAAAACAGCUUGGAUUUGGAGUGAUAUCGAAUAUGAUUUUUGGAGUUGAUGUAUCCGGGCUAUUUUGAGGGACUAUUUAAUGUGUAACUUAAUUGCAUAUUUGAGGAGAAAUUCUUGUUUGUUUUUU